UCACGAUGACUCAGUAAACUGAAGAAUUAUACGCCAGUCUUCUUGCUAAAAAACAAGUCUUUGUCCAUUUUUUUACGAUCUCAACAAUCUCUUUUCUUGCUUUGAUCAAACCUAAAAAACCUAAACAAAAAAAAUAUAUUUUGACAUACUCAAUGCCCUCUUCUUAUUAUUAGCCUCUUCUCUUAUCCUAACUCAAGCCCCUGUUUCUCUCUUUCUAACAAAGCAACAGGCAUAGUUUUCAAUCAUCUUGUUACCAUUUCAUCUCUUUCUUUCUCUCAACAACAUCGAAUUUUGUACAUGGGAAAUGGGUAUAAUCACCAUUUUCACCACCGAAACUUGCAUAUUCAUAAGAGUACUUUCUUGCCUAUGCUUUGCUCAAGGCCCUCCAUCAAAGACGCGGUGCUUCCCAAAUGGGAAGAUCGAUCAACCUCCGUUUCUGGCGACCCUUUAUCGCCCAAGAUCAGUUGCAUGGGCCAAGUUAAGAGAACCAACAAGAUAGUCGGCUUCCCCACUUCUCACAAACUCACCAUUUCCACUAAAACCAACAACAACAACAAUGUCAAGUACUUCAAACUCAAGAAGCUCUUUUCCGGGAACAAUCUCACUGCGAAUACAAACAUUACAACUACUACUUGUUGCAGAAGAAAAGAAAUGAGCUUGAAUGGGGUAAGUAAUAAGCCAAAGGUUGAAGAUGUUAAAGAGAGUGAUGUUUGUAUUAACAUAAUCGAGAUGGAUCCUCCUCUGCCGGUGAUCAAGAAGGUAGCAAAGCCAGACGAUAAAGGAGAUGAAAACAGCCUCUGGAAAAGGAGAUCUGGUGGGGGUGCAUUGAAGAGCUUACAGCUACAACAUCUUCAAAUUCCAAGGCAUCAACUUGAAGUCUCAACUGUUUGAAUGAAAAAACAUACGUUCUCUUCCAAUUAAAUGUGAUGAGAUGAAAUUAAAUGAGAGUUGCAUAGAAAAUGUAUAGGGUUUGUUUUGAUGAUAUUCCAAUUUUGAUAUUGUUCAAUUAUUAUGUGUUUAAUUGGCAUAAUCUUAUGUGAUGUUUAUUAUUAAUCA